UAAAUCUAGAUUUAUUCCAAUUUCCCCAAAAAUUAAAAAUCAGCAUAGCAUGGUUCUUCGGUCUCAUUCAAUUAUUUUGUAAACCAGCAAAUCAAAAUAAUAUUCUGUCUCUUCCCCUGUUUCUCGUUGUUUUAAUUAAUGGGGGCAUACAGAGCCGAUGACGAUUACGAUUAUCUAUUCAAAGUGGUUUUGAUCGGAGACUCAGGUGUUGGUAAAUCAAAUCUUCUUUCGAGGUUCACAAAGAAUGAAUUCAGCCUCGAAUCUAAAUCCACCAUUGGCGUUGAGUUCGCUACCAGAAGCAUUCGUGUAGAUGAUAAGGUUGUCAAGGCUCAGAUUUGGGAUACUGCCGGUCAAGAAAGGUACCGAGCAAUUACAAGUGCUUAUUAUCGUGGAGCUGUUGGCGCUUUAUUAGUCUAUGAUGUUACUCGUCGUGUUACAUUUGAAAAUGUGGAGAGAUGGCUAAAAGAGCUGAGAGAUCACACAGAUGCCAACAUUGUCGUGAUGCUUGUAGGUAACAAAGCAGACUUGCGUCAUUUACGAGCAGUUUCAACUGAAGAUGCUACAGCUUUUGCUGAACGGGAAAAUACAUUUUUCAUGGAGACAUCUGCCCUUGAGUCAUUGAACGUAGAAAGUGCGUUCACUGAAGUGUUGACGCAGAUCUAUCGUGUUGUAAGUAAGAAGGCCCUUGAGAUCGGUGACGAUCCAGCUGCUUUACCUAAAGGACAGACGAUUAGUGUUGGGUCCCGUGAUGAUGUAUCAGCUGUGAAGAAAGCUGGAUGUUGUUCUGCUUGAGUAUGUUGUAAAACACUUUUGGUUAUCAUGUAGAGAUUGAACUGGAAGCAUGAAGAUAAUUGUUUACAGAGCAUCAAACUAUAAAGUUGCUGCUUUGGUUUGUAGAGAAUUAUGUUCAAUAUUAGUCAAAUGUUUAGGAAACAUGCCCCGCCGCGCAUUUAUUUUGAAUUUCAAUUCCGUUCUUUUCUUAAUCUUAGCCAAUUUUAUUUA